AUGUCCGACCCGAGUGUUAGCGAGCGCAGAAUAAGGCCGAUUCAAGACGCCAUUGCGAGUGCAAACUGGAAGCAGGCACUACAACUCUGCGACAAAUGGUUCAAGAAAGGCGAACGAUCUGACCGGUUCCUGGCCUUGAAAGCCUUCGUCCUGGUCAACCAACAGGACAAGACCCAACAUGACCGAGGCCAAGAGGAGGUCUUUGACCUCUGCAAGCGUACUCCUCCCAUCACCGAACCAGAAGCCAUCUACCAACUACAGCAUGCGCUCAGAGCGCUGUCGAUACACGACGAAGAGAGCCCCAAGCUCUGGGAAAGAGCCCUCAGUGCCAGGAAGGAGGACAAAGACUUGUAUAUGAGAUGGCUCAAUCAAGCAGUUGCCGACAACAACUGGAAGAGUGCUCAAAAGGCCACCAUGGGUUUGCGAAAUUCCUUCUCCAAGGAAAGAGACUACGAGUUCUGGAACAUCCUCAUGUGCUAUCUGAUAUAUAUGCAACAAGACCUCCCUGACAAGGAGCGCACCUUGUUCGGGACGCUUGCCUAUCGCAUGAUAUCGAAAGCCGCCGAGUCGAUACCUAAGAACGAGCACGAGCGAGCAUCGGCUUCCGGAAAGGCAAUCUCGGAACCCGAGGAGAUCGCGUUGUUGGCACAGGUCUUCAACUCCACAGGCCAUGUGGGAGAGACCGUCAAGCUGUUGCAGGGACCGUCGCUGAACAUGGAAUCUCCAGUCGGCAAACUGGACCCUCAGUUGGUUCUCUCUCUGUUGCUUGAAUCUUUGGAAGCUUCGGAACAAUGGGACGAGACUUUCAAGGCGUGCCAGGAUCUGCUGUCCAAGUCCGACCAUCAGUCAGAUGACCGAAUAUGGAACCUCUGGCUCAAGGCACGAUCGAAGUUGUCGGGAGACAAGGGGCCUGAAACAGAGUCCAUGAAGGUGCUUGAAUCUGUUUGCACCGGGAGACCAAUUGUCCGCGCGGCCUUCCUCGCAAAGCUGAAUCUUCAGCAAGGCCAGGACGCUGAACCUGAGCAGGACGGUCUGCUUGAAACUUGCAAGGCGUAUUUUGAAGCGUUUUCGUCCAAAGGGUUCUGUUUCGAUGAUCUGAAGGGUCCUCUUCAACGGCUUGACAAGCCUCAUUUCGACCGGUUCAAGCAACUAGUCUCUGGCCACGAGGGGAAUCUAGCACGACUGUUCGACCUUAAGCUGGCAUACAUCACACUCCCACCCAAUGCCGCCGGAUCAGAUCUUCUCGAUUUCGCAUACGGGGCGUUGAAAUUAUAUCAGUCGUCCCUGUCCGAGAGCCCUGCGUGCCCGGAGGCAGCUCUUCUCGCUGUGUUGGCAAUCCUCCGACUCGCCAAUGGCCAAAGCUCGCCUUCCAUGGUCCUCUUUGCUGUCAUACUUCUUCAGAUCACCCGCUCAAAGUUUGAAGACUAUUACAUUCUAACAAUUCUACUUGUUCAGCUCCAGUCUUAUCUCGGACAACUCUCUCUUGGCAUGGAAAGCUUUGUGAAACUCAGCGUCAAGAACCUCCAGUGGGAAACGGUUGGACAUUUGAUUCUCACCAGGAUAUCGUCGUUGCAUCCAGCCUACGCUGUUGAACUAGAGCAAGAUUUUGAGCCACUUUUGGCGCUGGAAACAGGACUCACAGUUCUUGAGAAUGCGGAUGGUGCUCUGGUGCGAGGCAUCCGCGAAGGAUUGCGAUGCAACAGCUACUCCAACAUCUACAACAGCGUCAAGAUGCGGUCCGAGAUCGAGAGGAGCGUGAACAAGCAAAUCUAUGCCAUCGAGGAACGCAAAAUCCGUCGAUGGCGGGGAGAGCCUGACGACCAUACGGUCUUGCCGUUGACAGAUUCCUCGAAACCGCUGGUCGAUAAGCGAGAUUAUGGGUACAUGCCGGGCUAUCGCAACGACGAUGGACAACUGCUGGCGAGCUUUCGAUGCGGCGCCCUCCCGAAAGAAAAUUGGAUUCACGCCAUGGCGCUGUUCGACAGCAUAGCCACCUAUCUGAAGGCAGAAAUGACGUCGCAGACUUCCCUGGCAGCCACGGCGUACGAGAAUCUGAAACAGGCGCAACAACGUGUAUCUUGGCCCGCUACGGACGAUCUAUUGAAGGAAAUGACAGGGACCGAAGUGAUCAAUCUGGAGUGCCACCAGAUUCUGGCCCAGGCGAUAACGCUGUUCAAAGAAGGGAGCAUUGGGACGGCUCCUGCAUCGACAUCUCAACAGGACUCCAACACCAAAACCCUGCCGGAUCUCUUCUCGGAUCUCAAAACCUGGCUCACAUCUGCCCUCACGAGCCGCAGGGACAGCCCCGCUGGAUCGAACGUCGUCGGGAUCCGGGCGCCAACGUGGGCAGAUCUGCACGGGAGCUUCACACAACUCGAGACGCUGCAGGUCCUGGCCAACCUCACGUCCCUCGUGUCCAAGAAGGCGCAAAAGCCAGCCAAGUCUACGAAGGCCGCUUUAGGAUCGGUCUCCAAGGAGACCGUCUCCGAGAUACAGUCGCUCGUGACGGACCUCGAGGCCCGGAUUCUCGCGGACGCCCGGGAGGUGAAAUCAGCCAUCAACGAGCCCGGCGUGCUGGGUCGACUUGUGGACCUGGGCAUGGCGCGACACGGCAGCGGCAGCGGCACGGACGGAGCAGGGGCUGGUGAGGAUCCUGCUGCGGGAGGCGGCGAUCUCGCCGGUGGUGAGAAAUGGGAGGCUCUGACCGAGAGUCUCUGUGACGAAGUGACUAUGGAGAUGAUCUGCGGGGACAUCAAGGACAGCUGGAACGACGCCCUCGACGGAGUUCUGAGUGGGAAGGGGAAAAUUCGCCUUGGAAAGUAA